CUGUAUUAGAAAGGUCGGAAUGGGUCGAAUAAAAGUAUGCAAAUCUUGUGAAUCAUGCGAUUACGAAAUUCGAACCAACAUUACAUUUUUAUUUCGCAACAACAUUGAGAAGUAGUGAAAUCUACUUGAGUCGAAUAGGUCGUAAACUGUGACUAUGUUGUGGAGACUUUCUAUUUAUAUAUUAUUUUUAUUUUACCACACUAGCAAUGGUCAAAUUAAGCUAAUACCACUCGGCAAUUCAUCAGCAAAUGCAAAAAAAAUAUUAAUUGGAGAUAAAGAUCCGCAUGUUAUAAAAACCUUGAAAGCUAAAAGGCCGCCUGGCAUAAAUACUCUGCUGCCUUCACAAUGGGCGCUGGGGCCCGAGGGAACGCCUCGAUGGCCUAACGGAGAGAUCAAAAUCUAUAUCGACAGCGAUUCUUAUGGUGAUGGCAUAGCGGGACGCGUGAUGGACACACUUAACAAAUUUCAAGCCCUUGAUGCCCUCUGCCCCCAAAUACAGAAGUUGAAAGAGAAACCGACCGAGCCGGUUGGGAGCUGGUUGCACUUCACCAAUCCGGACCGAGUGCGGCCGUGCGUCCACGACGCGGGAGUUGACCACAGUGGAGAAAUUAAAAUAGUGCUAGGAUAUGACUGCUUGAAGCCACGGGAGAUUCUGCACACGAUCCUGCACGGGUUAGGUUUUCGGGAUGAGGUGACACAUCCGCAGCGAGACCUCUUCGUCAGGGUCAUGUGGGAGAACAUACAGCCAGCGUUCAGAUCGAUGUUCCGAAUCCAGUCAGUAGAGACGAACGACGCCGGGCUCAUGGAAUACGACCCCCUGAGCGUGAUGCACUUCCACGACCGAGCCUACAGCCUCAACGGGCACCCCACCAUCAUGCCUAUGCUUCCAGGAUUGAAAGUAGAGCCUUCUGACGAACUGUCGCAUCUAGACAAGAUGAAGAUUAGACAAAUGUUCAGUCACGAAUGCAAGAAGCGCCUAGUCGGCAACUUUAUACACCGUACAUGUGCCAGUUUCGACGAACUUAAAGGAGAGGACAUACCAGCAAAUAAUGGCAAUGGAUGUCCUCCUGUUAACCCUCCUGGUAAUUACGGAGACCACAUUAUAAUACCCGGCAACGAUGUUAAAAUUGAAGGCGAUGACCAAGGACCGAUCGGUAAUGACGGAGACCACAUUAUAAUACCAGGCAACGAUGUUAAAAUUGAAGGCGAUAACCAAGGACCGAUCGGUAAUGACGGUAGUGAAGACCAAACAGGAAUGAACAUGGAAGUUGGAGACGGCGAUAGUGCCAAUGUUAUAAUACCCGGCAAUGAUGUAAAAGUGGCUGAUAGUGGAGUCUCUGAUAAUGAAGCUGGCGAAGGGAAUGUUUUAGCAGGCGACGUCAAUGCAAACGAAGCAGUUAGUGACAUGAUGUCAGUAGAACCUGAAACAGAUAAGCCUGUAAAUAAAAAGAAAAAGCUUGCAGGUAAAGGCAAGCUAGGUGCUGCAUAUAAUAAUAUUCCCAACGAGGAGGCUAUUGUCGUUGGGUACUGACCCGAAACAUAACGGCAGGGAUACAGUAUUAUUCAAUAUAAAGUUUACACACCAG